UAAAAAAACGUAAACAAAUUGCAACACGUGCGCUCUCUUUUCUUCACUAUAUUUUUGAAUAAAAAGAGAUUUAAAUAUGGAAUUAUUCACUGUAAAUCGUUACACAGAGAAUUUUAAGAAAUCCACCGAUAGAGAUGAACCAACGGGCAAAAAUGAAGAUGAAAUAUUGCAGAAACUGCUCCAAAAGGCCGCCAAAAGGAAGAGGAAGCACAAGGAAACUGAAAUUGUGGAGCCGCCAGUAGAAAAAACCCAAACCAAAGAUGAAGAAACUGCUGAAGCUAUUUUGGAAGCACCUGGAGAUGAAGACAAGGCAAAGCAAGCAACUGAAGAGGAGCCUGUGCCCUCCAACGAGUUCCAAGUUUUGGGAGGCGAUGGGGUUGCCGCCAAGCGGAGGAAGGUGGAGAUGCAGCUGCCUAAUUGGUUGGCUCAUCCCACCAUCAUCGAAGGUGGAAGUUUGAAGGCAGACGAAGAGAUCCCCGAAACGGAGGCUAUUGAGCAGCUUCCCUACCUGGAAAAAUCCACAUGUUUGGCUCUCAAGCAGAUGAAGAUCAAGCGGCUUUUCCCCGUUCAGCGUGAGGUUAUUCCCUGGAUUUUGGAGGCCCAAUCCAAGCCCCCGCCUUUUCGUCCGCGGGACAUAUGUGUGUCCGCACCCACCGGUAGUGGAAAAACGUUAGCCUUUGCCAUUCCAAUCGUCCAGCUGCUAGCACAACGGGUGGAGUGCAAAAUCCGAGCUCUGGUGGUCUUGCCCGUGGCGGAGUUGGCCCUACAGGUGUACCAGGUCAUCAGUGCUCUGUGCAACAAGACCGAACUGGAAGUGUGUCUGCUUUCCAAGCAACACAAGUUGGAAGAUGAGCAGGAGAAGCUGGUGGAGCUCUACAAGGGAAAGUACUACAGCAAGGUGGACAUUGUGGUUACCACGCCAGGUCGCCUAGUGGAUCACCUGCACGCCACGAAAGGUUUCUGCUUAAAGAACCUAAAGUUCCUGAUCAUUGACGAGGCUGACCGAAUCAUGGACGCUGUUUUCCAGAACUGGCUUUAUCACUUGGAUAGCCACGUGAAGGAGACUACGGAUCAGUUGCUAGCCGGCACUCAAGCCCCCCUUUGUUAUGCGGAACUUCAAUCCAGUUACGGAAAUCAACCGCACAAGCUUCUGUUUUCAGCCACUCUCUCCCAGGAUCCGGAAAAACUUCAAAACCUACGACUCUUCCAGCCGCGUCUCUUCACCACGGUGAUGCCUGUGCUCAGGGAACCAACUGGGGAGGGCGAGGAGGGUGAUGCAGAAGCUAAUGCAGAUGGACAAUUUUUGGGCAAAUACACCACCCCGGCAGAGUUGACGGAACAGUUCUGUAUCACAGAAAUGCGACUGAAACCAUUGACGUUGUUCGCAUUGGUGAAGAAGUACCAGUGGAAGCGCUUCCUCUGCUUCACGAACAGCACGGAUCAGGCCAGUCGCUUGGCCUUUGUAAUGGGAGUCCUUUUCAGAGAGGACGAGACCAGAGUGGAGGAGCUGUCGGGUAAUCUUUCGGCACUGGUGCGAAAGCAAAGACUAAGAGACUUUGCCAGUGGAAAGAUAAACGGUCUGAUCUGUUCGGAUGCCCUGGCCCGUGGUAUCGACGUGGCGGACAUAGACGUAGUGUUGUCCUACGAGGCACCGCGCCACAUCAAGACCCACAUUCAUCGAGUGGGUCGUACUGCCCGUGCUGGCCGUAAGGGCACAGCAGUUACCCUGCUCACCGAGCAGGAUCAAGCAUCCUUCAAGAAGAUGGUCAACGAUGUAGGCAAGGGACUGGGCGAGGAGAUCACUGUCUCACCAGACAUCGAGGUCCAGCAUGCGGAGGUCUACAAGCACGCCUUGUACCAGCUGCGAAACCGUCAGCAAAACCAGAAGACCCAGAAGGCUGCCCAGAAGCGGCGAGUGGCCCACAAGGCUCUGGUUCAUAAGAAGCAGGAGCAGGCUAAGAACUCCGACCGGCCACUUACUCUCAUGGAGAAGCUGCAACUCAAGGCAGGAGCAGCUCAAGCCAGUUAUGACCAGAGGAAGGAAAAGGUCACGACGAAGAAGGACCAAGAUAAGUCCUUGCCGCGGGAAACAAAGAAGCAGCGCACUGCGAAAAAGCGAAAGGCCAUCGAGGAGUAAAGGAUGUGGUUUUAACUUUUGCAAUAUACUGUUUAUAUUAGAUUUUAGAAAUAUAAAGUUUUUUAAAUUCAAA